AUGUUCUGUUUUUUUUCCUUUCUCUCUGCAAAUCUAUUGUUUUUCUGCUUUAUUUUCAUUGACGCCACACUUUCUAUUUGUUUUGCACAUUUUUUUCUCUUCUUUUUUUCUUUCUCUUCUAUGUCGCGUUUUCUCUUUCUUUCUGUUGUGUCUCAGUUUCUGUCUGUCGUUUUUUUUUUUUCUUUGUUUCAUUUUUUCUUUCUUUCUUUAUUUUCAUUUGCUUUUCGCGUUAAUACUUUCUUUUUCUUUGGCCUCUUAUUUCUUUCUUUGACUUUCUUUUUCCUUAAUGUCUCCUGCUUAAUUGUUUCUUUCUUUUUUCUUCCUUAUCUACACUUUGGUUUCUAUUUCUCCUUUUUUGCUUAUCGGAGUUCUUUUCUUCUUUUACGUUUUCUUUUUUCUUUUUUUUCUUUCUUCUUAUUACUACUCCAAUUUCAUUCUUUCUUUCUUUCUUUCUUUCUUUCUUUCUUCGUUCUUUCUUUUUCUUUCUUUCUCUCUAUCACUAUUUUUUAUUUUUCAUCGUUUCUUUUUCUGCCAUAUAUUUCUUCUGAUUUGUUUUUUUUUUCUCCAUUUCUCUUUCUUUUCCCCUCAAUUUCCUGUAUUUUGCCGUUGGCCUAUUUGCCUUUUUACACUUCUCCUUCCCUUUCUUCAUAUGUCCUCUCUUUUACCUUCUUUCUCUCUUUCCUUCUUUAUUUUAAAUGUUUUCCUCCUUUUUUUCCCUUGCGACGCUAUUUGUCAUUUAUCUUUCUUUCUUUCUUUCUUUCUUUCUUUCUUUCCUUCUUUCUUUCUUUCUUUCUUCUAUUCAAUCUAUCUAUCUAUCUAUAUAUCUAUCUAUCUAUCUACUUUCUUUCUUUCAAAAAUUCGGUCUGUCUGCCUGUCUAUUGUUAA